GACCGGCUAUGCGGAGGCGCAAACAUGGCGGAGGCAGGUCUCGUUGCGAGUGAGCUGAACGAGGGGCUAGCGCCCGCGGCCGAAGCACUGGUAGCGGCCCGGGAGCGGAGUAGACGCUUCUUAAGCGGCCUAGAGCUGGUGAAGCAGGGCGCCGAGGCGCGCGUGUUCCGCGGCCGCUUUCAGGGCCGCGCGGCCGUGGUGAAGUACCGCUUCCCCAAGGGCUACCGACACCCGGCGCUGGAGGCGCGGCUCAGCCGGCGACGGACGGUUCAGGAAGCCCGGGCGCUGCUCCGCUGCCGCCGCGCAGGAAUAUGUGCCCCGGUUGUCUUUUUUGUGGACCAUGCUUCCAACUGCUUAUUCAUGGAAGAAAUCGAAGACUCAGUGACUGUUCGAGAUUAUAUCGAAUCCACUAUGGAGACUGAAAAAUCUCCCCAAAGUGUCUUUGGCUUAGCCAAGGCAAUCGGACAGGUUUUGGCUCGAAUGCACGAUGAAGACCUCAUUCAUGGUGAUCUCACCACGUCCAACAUGCUCCUGAAACCUCCCCUGGAACAGCUGAGCAUCGUGCUCAUAGACUUUGGGCUGAGUUUCAUUUCAGCACUUCCGGAAGAUAAGGGAGUUGACCUGUACGUGCUAGAGAAAGCCUUCCUUAGUACCCAUCCCAACACCGAGAGUGUGUUUGAAGCCUUUCUGAAGAGCUACUCCGCUGCCUCCAAAAAGGCCAGGCCAGUGCUUAAAAAAUUAGAUGAGGUGCGCCUGAGAGGGAGAAAGAGGUCCAUGGUGGGGUAGAAGAAUUCUGUGACGACCGCAGACGGUUAAGCUGUUCACAGUAACUUUGAAGGAAUGCUGUUAAUAUGAGAUCCGACCUAAAUAAAGGUGGUGGGAUAUUUUUAGGUGCCGUCUGUGAUCAUGCUUCUUAGGCAUUAUCAUCUGCAGUUGACUGUUCUCAAGAGCUUACUCUGUACAUAAGACAUGUCUGGCAGAACUGGGCAUUCAGAAUAAAUCUCAGGCUUUCUCUGCAAUUGUGCCAUGUACACCUCAGAUCGAGGGCAUGGCGUUACAAAACAUUGAACCACAUACUGAGAACCUUAUGCUGUUUUCAGUCUUGGUGAAGCAAGGACAGAGUCUCAGUUGGUGACAGUAUGUCUUUAUCAGCCCUCUAACCCAGCCUUUUUUGUUGUUGUGUUCACGACAGACUCCUCUUUGAAACCAAUACAGUGGGUUACAACCAGCAUUUUAAGAAAGAAAUGGAAUCAGAGAUUAGAAAAUAUCAGAGCACAUUACAUGUAGUAUUGUAAGUAUUGUUUUAUGAAACUUGUUUGAAAUGUGUAUAUAGACAAUGGUAUGUACUAGGUUUUGAUGUAAAAUACAGUUCUUUUUGAGGGUCAUGGUAAAAAAAAAAGUUGAAAAAUGCGCUUAACUCCAAUUUCUCCUUUUUAAAAAAAGCAGGCUCAUAGCUUUCAGGCAACUGAAAUUUAUGUAAUUCUGUACAAGACUUUUUAUUUUUGUUGCUCUGUGUUUUUAUGGCUAUCUUCUAAUUAAGAUAAGUGAUUGGUAUAAAGUUCCUUUUAAUUUCUAUAGGUAAAAAAGCCGGUUUAUAUCAAAGACAGUAAGUAGAUUGAGCAAAGAUAGUGAAGUAGCUUGGAAAUGACUUAAGUUUGAUAAAAACCUGGUUUAAGAGAAGGUGCAGGAAAACUGUAUUAAGAUGCAAAGUACCACGAAUUAGCUCACACUUAUCCUUGCCCAGUUUCUUCCCCCAAAGAACUUGUGUGUGUGUU